AUGAGAGCUUUGACAUCUCAGAGAGUGAAGUUUACCAUGGGUCUCCCUCUGUUAAAACGGGCAGUUCAGGAACAGGCAGAGAAAACAAAGAAUUUUGUCAGUCGAAGCCUGGUCCUAGGAGAGGUCCUCUCCAUCGCGGACAUGGCCACAGGUGUGAAGUGUGGAAUAAUUUAUUGGCUAUUUGGUGGUGCCGUCAGGAAUCUCGGAAGCCCGGGACAUGUAAUGAAGUGGCUUCGGCCACUCCAGGAGCAGAAGUACACGGGGAUGUUCGCGAUGACUGAGAGGGGCCACGGGAGCAACGUGAGAGGGAUCCAGACGGAAGCCACCUUCGACCUCUCUGCACAGGAGUUUGUCAUCAACACACCAUGUGAAAACGCUGAGAAGAUGUACAUCGGAAACGCGCUGCAUGGGAAUUACGCGGCGGUCUUUGCCCAGCUCAUCCUAAACGGAAGAUCUCAAGGGCCCCACUGUUUCAUCGUUCCUGUCCGUGAUGAAAAUGGAAGCUUGUACCCAGGAGUGACAGCUACUGAUAUGAUGUAUAAAGAAGGUCUGCAUGGUGUGGAUAAUGGGAUUUUGCGAUUUGACAAGGUUCGGAUACCAAGGGAGAACCUGCUGGAUAAGUUCGGUUCCGUGGCUCCAGAUGGGCAGUACCACUCCCCCAUUAAGGACAGGAGAGCGAGAUUCAAUGCGAUGCUGGCAGCGCUGACCCCUUCGAGACUAGCUGUGACUUUCCAAGCUAUGGGCUCUAUGAAGGUUGGGUUGACGAUAGCCAUUCGCUACAGCCACAGCAGGAGGCAGUUUGGGCCCAAAGCCAAGGAAGAGGUCAGGAUUAUUGAGCACCAAACGCAAACCCUGCGGCUGAUGCCUCACUUGGCCACAGCCUUGGCCCUGACCUUCGCCAGCAGGUUUGCUGGCGUCCUUCUGGAUGAGGACAUCUUCCUGGGGAAGGAGCCUGUCAACAGUCGCCCGCUGCAGGCGCUGGUGGCGGGGCUGAAGGCCUACAGCACCUGGGAGAACAUCAGCUGCCUGCAGGACUGCCGGGAGUGCACCGGAGGCAUGGUUGUGGUACGGGAGCUGCUGGCUCAGUACAGCAAACAGUGUGAAGAAAGACCGCUCUCGAGCCUGCUCCGAAACUGGGCUGACUCGGUGGGUGACAAGCUGAGAACCAGUUUCCUGGCAUUUAACGUGGACACAGUCAGCAAUCUCGCCUUCCUGUUGAAAGCAGUGAAUUUUCGCGAAAGGGUUCUCCAGCGGGGUUUGGUGGCCAGAAUUUAUUACAAGGUGACAACCAAGAAGGAGGACUUCUUCAGUGCCUGGAACUCGUGUCUUCACCACAUCGCCUGCCUGUCUCUGGCGCACGUUCACAGAGUUACCUUAGAGCAGUUCUCCCUGGCUGUGAGGAGCUGCCCCGACCAAGAGGACCAGGCUCUGUUGAAGAAGUUUUGUCUGUUAUAUGGAACCAAGCUGGUGUUCCAGGAGCGAGCCUGGUAUCUGGAACAUAAAUAUUUGACGCCGGUGGCCAGCAUGAGGAUUAGGAGCCAGUUGCUCGAUUUGUGCGACUCAGUGAAAGACGAUGCCCUGAGGGUGAUCUCCGCCUUUAACAUCCCACACACCUCCCUCCACUCGCCAGUCGCUGGAAUCACCAACUCGAUGGCCGCCUGGAAGGCACCGCUGCAUCCCCUGGCCGCGAAAGGGGCUCGCUCUCGGGGGCCCAAGCUGAGAGCCAAGUUAUAG